CCAUUAAGAUUUAUUUUAAAUCUGUAACAUAUUAUUAUUAUUAUGCCUUUGAUUUUUCUUUUAUUGUAAUUUUGGGAAACCAUUGUAUAAAAAGUGCUGUUCAUAUGAAAAAUAAUUCUUAAAAGUUGAGCCAAUUGUAUCAUCAAGGAAUUAACUCUUUUUUUGACCUAAAUGUUUUGAAAUGAUGAAGUAGGCUAUUAGAGAAUGUAGUAACAAUGUUUAAAAAACCUAUAUGUGCAAUUAGGUAUAUUUUGAUGUAAAAAGAAUAAGAAUAACUUUUUAUGGAGAAAAAGUACAAAAGACCUUGUAAAUUAUACUUAUGUGGAGACUUUGGAGACUUCCAGCUUCCCGGAAACCUUCUCUUUGAGCAAAAUCUUGUCUGCCUGGGGAAAAGUUGCUGAAAAAAAGUAAUGAAAUUAUUUAUGAGAAUUAUAAAAGUUUACCUAGAAUAUCACACAUUGUAUUUACACAUCUCAACAGACCCCAGGCUUUGAGAUUCAUUUCUUAAAUAGUUAAUCUGUCAGAUUUUGGAAUGCAAAAAAUAAGAAAUUGGUUCCAAUUUGGGCACUCACUCAUGGCAUUUAACAAGCAUUGAUUAUGUGUCGGGCACUGUGCUAAAUGCUGGGGAUCCUAAGUGAGGUGAAACAGCUUUUGCCCCUACAAAGCUUACUUUCCAAUGGGUUUAGUCAAGUCAAGAAGUCAGCAAGCCUUUAUUAAGCAUCUGAUAUGGACCAGGCAACUCCGAGGCUCUUAAGAUUCCAGGAAUGGAAACGGAAAACAGGAGACAAUUUAUAAAUAACUACAAACAUGCAUACACACACAUAUACAUACAUACCUAUUUCCAUCAUUAUAAGAUAGGAGGCACAGUGGUUAGAGAUCUAGGCCUGGAGGCCAAAUAUGGCUUCAGGUCCUUCCUGGUGUGUUGGACUCCUUUUGCUCUACUGUAAAAUGAAAGUAGUAGGAUCUAUGUGAUGGAGUUAAGAUCAGAUGAGAUAAUAUUAUAGGAUCAGCUGACAUAAUAUUUGUAAAGUACUUGUACCUGGCACAGAGUAGACACUAAAUAAAUAUUUGUUUUCUCUUACAUGCAAUAUAUGUGUAUGUGUAUAUAUACAUACAUACACAUGUAUGUACAGUAAAUUGCAGGAAAUCAAACAGAAAAGGUGGACCAAGAAAGACUUCUUGUUGUAGAUGGAAUUUAGUCAAUACUUGAAGGACUCAAUUCAGGAAGUCUUGUGGCUGAGAUCUCUUUGCCUUCUUUGAGAACUAAGAUCUGCUUUCUUCCUUUGGAGCAGACAUCUUUUUGUUUUCUCUCAGAGCCAAGAUCUCUCAGCCUUUUGGAAGCCAGCUCUGAAGGUGCAAGUCCCACGUAGGUCUGAGCGAGAACUUGCCCUGCCCCCAGCUCCUGCUGGCUGCCUUUUCCACUGGGCCUCAACUUUCCCAUUUGACCUUUUGCCUGACAAUACCCGCUGACCUCCUCUUUUUGUUGGCGUCUGUUCCCUGAGGACAAGUCCAGGAGCUUGGUAACUCCUUUUGGACCUCUAUAAAUCCCUGCGGGCCAAUUUCUGCCUAGAAGGAGAAAGGGAAAACUUCUACCCCAGCUUCUUCUUUCCCAACUCAACCUUCGAGUCCUGGAAUCAGAAGAAAUGGCUCCUGGGACCCAGAGACCUCCACCCCAGGUGUUGGUGACGUUCAAGGAUAUUAUGGUGGAUUUCACCGAGGAGGAGUGGGGGCUCCUGGAACCUUCUCAGAAGGAGCUCUACAAGGAGGUCACGCUGGAGAAUGUCCAAAACCUACUCUGCCUCGGUACGGAGACUGGGCUUGAAGUGAACAAGAUGACUACAAAGCUGAGCAUUUUUGUGGAAGAAUGUGGUCUGCAAAGAUUCAUGACUGAUGAUCCCUCUGACUUCAAUUGGAGAGAAAUUAAGGAGAAGUUUUAUAAAUGUAAUGAAUGUGGGAAGACUUUCUGCUACAGAUCACUCCUUAUUUGUCAUCAGAGUAUCCAUACUGGCAGGAAACCUUAUGAAUGUAAACUGUGUGGAAAGACUUCAGAUAAAGCUUCAGAUAUGGCUUUACAUGAGAGAAUUCACAGUAGGGAAAAAAUCUACAAAUGUAAUCAAUGUGGAAAAGUUUUCAGAUACAACUCCAGUUUUAUUAAACACCAGAGACUUCAUAAUGCAGAGAAACCUUAUGAAUGUGACCAUUGUGGAAAGACUUUCCGAAAGAACUCCCAUCUUGCUGCCCAUCAGAGAAUCCACACUGGAAAGAAAUCUUUUGAAUGUAAUCGAUGGGAAAAGGCUUCAGAUAAAUCUUCAGAUAAAGCUUUAUAUCCAAGAAUCCACAUUAGAGAGAAAGCCUAUGAAUGUAAUCAGUGUGGAAAGACUUUCACGCAGAGAGCCAAUCUUGCUUUACAUCAGAGAAUUCAUACUGGAGAGAAACCUUACGAAUGUAAUCAGUGUGGAAAGGCUUUCACCAAGAGCUCAAAUCUUGGUGUACAUCAAAGAAUGCACACUGGAGAGAAACCUUAUGAAUGCAAUCAAUGUGGAAAAGCUUUUAGAUACAGCUCCAGUCUUACUGAGCAUGAGAAAAUCCACACUGGAGAGAAACCUUAUGAAUGUAACCAGUGUGGAAAGGCUUUCACACGGAACUCCCGUCUUGUUUUACAUCAGAGAAUCCACACUGGAGAGAAACUUUUUGAAUGUAAUCAGUGUGGAAAGGCUUUUACACAGAGCUCCAGUCUCACAGUACAUCGGAGAAUCCACACUGGAGAGAAACCUUUUGAAUGUAGUCAGUGUGGAAAGGCUUUCAGAGAGAGCUCCCAUCUUGGUGCCCAUCAAAGAAUCCAUACUGGAGAGAAACCUUAUGAAUGUAGUCAGUGUGGAAAGGCUUUCACGGAGAGCUCCCAUCUUAGUGCCCAUCAGAGAAUCCACACUGGAGCAAAACCUUAUGAAUGUAAUCAGUGUGGAAAGGCUUUCACAAAGAGCUCUAGUCUUACUGUACAUCAGAGAAUGCAUACUGGAAAGAAACCUUUUGAAUGUAAUCAGUGUGGAAAGGCUUUCACACGAAAAUCCCGUCUUGCUGCACAUCAGAGACUCCACAGUGAGGAGAAACUUUUUGAAUGUAAUCAGUGUGGAAAGACUUUUACACAGAGCUCAAGUCUUGCAGUACAUCAGACAAUCCACACUGGGGAAAAACCUCAUCAGUGUAACCAGUGUGGGAAAGCUUUUACACGACGGGGCAAUCUUGCUGCACAUCAGAAAAUUCACACUGGAGAGAAACCUUUUGAAUGUAUACAAUGUGGAAAGACUUUCAGAAUCCGUUCUAGUCUUGCUAAACAUCAGAAGAUCCACACUGGAGAAAAAUCUCAUCAACGUAAUUAACUUUCAUCAAGACCUCCAAACUUGCUGCAUAUCAGAGAUUCCACACUGGAGAGAAACUUCAUGAGUGUCAUGAAAGUGGCAGAGCUUUUAGUUACCAUUCUUAGCUUUUUCUAAAUGAGGGGUAUAUACAAUGGCAAGAAACCUUGUGAAUGUAAUCAAGGUGGAAAGGUGUUCACAAGGACCUCUCAUAUUGGUUCCUGUCAGAGAAUCCACACUGGAGAAAAAUCUUAUGGUUGCAAUCAGUGGGAAUAACUUUUAGAAUCAUCUGCAUUCUUGCUGUACAUGAGAGUAUUCACAUUGAAGAGAAAAUGUGGCAAGGCUUUCACAAAGAGCUCUGGGCUUGGUACCCAACAGAGAAUCCACACUGAAGAGAGAUCUUAUGAAUGUAAUCGGUAUGAAAAGGUUGUCACAUGGAUGAUCUUGUUGCACAUCACAGAAGCCACAUGCAUUUUGAAUGUAAUCAAUGUGGAAAAGCUUUCAGAAUCAGAUCCAGUCUUGCUAAACAUCGGAGAAUUCACACUUGGAAAAAAUUUUAUUAAUAUAGAAAGAGUUUAACAAAGAGCUCCACUUUUGUUAGAUAUCAAAACAAUCCACAUUGUAGAAAAACUUUCCGAAUGUAAUCAUUGUGGAAAGACCUUCACACAGAACUCCCAUCUGGCUGCACAUCAGAGAAUCCACAUUGGAAAGAAACCUUAUGAAUGUAAACAAUGUGUAGUGUAGUGGGUGAAAGAUGAAAUUACUGAGAAAACAAAAGUUUCUGAACGUUUUUGACUUAAUAAGCAAUGCAUGCCAAUUGCCUAUCAAAUUGGGAUCAGAUCUCUUCAACAUAUUCCUGGAUUCUAAAGUGCAGUGGGAAAUAGACUUUUAUACAUAAGAACAAUCAAAUACAGUCGGCUAAUUAAAAGGAAACAGUAUAAUAUUAGGUGGUCUGAUUUCUAAUUGGAAGAAAGAUUAGGGACUUUCCAAGUUGGAAGGUGGAAAAUGAACAGGUGCAAUUCCCUGAAAUCAGAAAAAGGAAGGAUUCCACUCCCUUCACCCUCAAUUGUCUGUGAAUAAUCAAAGUAACAUGCAAACAAUAAAUGUUGAUCAGCAUAAGGCCAAUUUUCAGAUAAGAUAUAUGGAUUGCUUGAGAUGUAUAAUUGUGAGAAAAUUUCUCGCAUCAGUCUUUAUAUCUGACCAGGUUUCUGGUCAGCAUAAUGUAGGUCUUUAGUUAGGGGUCACUAAGCAAUAAGCAGGAAUGAUCCAGCUUCCUGGUCUUGCAGGGGUAGGUCAAAUAUAAUAAGAUUUUCUCACAAUUCCCACAACUGAAUUAAGUUUUUUUAUGGAACAGAAGUUGUACUGGACCCAUAAAUGAAUAGAAAGGGAAAUGGACUAGCUCCGGAAUUGAGUCACAGGAUGAGUCAGUGUGUUUCACUCAGUUCUCGCUAUCAUUUGCUGUUCUAAUCUCAAUUUUCUCAAUUCCCCUUUCCAUUUAGGGAAGACUGGGCAAUCCACUCCCUUUGUGAAUCAUUUAUUGUUAAGUCAACCUUACAAGCUUUUCAUAUGUUGAUAAUUAGAAGUAUAAAAAUUAGGUUUUAAAUCAAACUACUUAGUUGACAUUUUUAAGAAAAGAUAUUUACAUAUCAAAGAGACCAAGAAAACUGAAACAAAACACCAAAGCAAUACAAUAAUUAUCAUCAAUAUUAACUAACACCAAGUCUCCUUGAAUCCUUGUGACCUGUUCUCAAUGUCUAUUUCAUCAGCACAUUCUGAGUCCUAGAUAGCUCAUAUGGUCCCUGAAUUUCUUCUUUGGGGCAUUCUCAAGGCAGCGUUGAAGUAGACUUUGAUCCUCUGGAUCACUUGUAGAGAUCCCUAGAUAAUUCUGCUAAAAUCUGCCAGUAGUAAGACUCAAUACAAUUUAAUACAAUCUAUUAAAUUUGAUUCUCUAAUUCUUAAACUUCAAAUAAUUUUCAUUUUUAAUAUGCUACUUACUGUUUCUAUCUUUACCUAAAUUAUGUGCCUGAUAUGAGUCUAAAAAAAUUGAGGAUGUGACUCUUCUGUUUUAAAUUUAUCAGACAUUUCAAAAAGGGGAAAUAAUUUCAUUUUCUUUGUACUUAUCUGACUUAACAGUUUGUAAAGAUUCCAACACUUAUCAAUACAAUUUUAUAUGUAAAAUUCUUAAUCCAGUUUUGAAAAUUUAUUACUAAAACAUAUGCAAAGCCUAAAUUUCCCUGCUGGAUACACUUUCAAGCUAAUCAAAUACAUAUGUAUAAUUUUCAAAGAAAACAGUAUAAUCCUGUUGCUUUCUAAAAACCCACUCCUCCAUUUAAUUAGGAAACUUUUACGUUACAUUUUUUGUCUUAUUACCUUGUUUAAUUCUCACCCUUUGGAGAAUAUCAUUCUUAUAUUAUAACAAUUGCAAAUCCGGAUUAAAAUUGAAAGAUUUUUCAUACUUGCA